CAACCACAGACCAUAUAUGGUCCCGGAGCAGCUGACUCCGCCCUCCCAGUGACGUAGGAACACGGAAGCACAACAGUGAUCCACGCUGCUGCUGUCAGCUGAUUUCUCUCAUUAAAACCAGUUUCCAGCUCUCCGAGGUCUCCGUACCGACCCGGACCAGAUGUCUGCUGCCCCGGAGGAGGACCAGGACCAGGUCCAGGACCAGGACCAGGACCAGGACCAGCUCCGGGACCAGGACCAGAUCCAGCAGUGGGAGAGGGAACAGACUCGUCUCCGGCAGCAGCUGCUGGACGUCGACACCGAAGACUGGAUGACGAGUCAAAACUUCUCCGGACUGGAACGAGUCGGAGGAGUCGACCUGUCCUUCAUCAAGGGGGACGACGUCAACGCCUGCUCCCAGCUGGUGGUCCUCAGCUACCCAGACCUCCAGGUCCUGUAUGAGGACAGUGAGAUGGUUUCUCUGACGGCUCCGUACAUUUCUGGUUUUCUGGCCUUCAGAGAGACUCCGUUCCUCCUGGAAGCUCUGAGACGUCUGGAGAGGAACCAGCCGCACCUCCUGCCCCAGGUGGUGUUUGUGGAUGGAAACGGUCUCUUCCACUACAGAGAGUUCGGCGUGGCGUGUCACCUUGGCGUGCUGUCGGGGUUUCCCUGUGUGGGCGUGGCCAAGAACCUGCUGCAGGUGCAGGGCGUGACCAAGAGCCCGGAGCACCAAUCACAGGUUGCAGCUGUUGGUAAGAAGGAGGACAGCUUCCCUCUUACAGCCGCCUCAGGCAAAGUGCUGCGAAAGGCGUUACGAAGCUCCGAUAAGAGCUCCAAACCUGUCUACGUCGUCGGCCACAAGAUCAGCAUCGACACCGCCGUACGCCUCACACACUCCUGCUGCCGCUACCGCGUCCCAGAGCCAUCAGAACAGGCUGACUGUCGCUCCAGAGAAUACCUUCGCACUCACUUCUUAGCUGCAGAUCCAUGAACCAGAGAAUGAGGUUUCAAAUGCAGCAAAGGAUCUGAAGAACCUUGAAGAACCUUUAAAGAACCUUGAAGAACCUUUAAAGAACCAGCAACGACCAAGGACCAGAAGUCUGUCAUCUGUGUGUGUGUUCUGCUAAAAGGUCUAAAUCUGAUGAAAUGAUCUUCUGCAUGGACAGAUAAUUUACCUUGACAAGAUUUAUUAAAUUAAGAUUAUUAAAUCUAGAAAUAAGCACGUUGAACACUUAAAAUAAUAAAUGAACUCUUAAAACCAGAUACAUUAAAGCUCUCUAAACCCUCUUAUAUGUUAAAUUUGCAACCUUUGUUCACAUUUGCAACAUUUACAUUUUUUUUAUUGAGCAUGAUAGUGUAAAAAAAGGUUGUAAAGUAAAAAAAAAGAUUUAAACAUCCGAUUUUAUGUUGAAGGACUGAAGGACUAAGAAAGACACAAAAUGACAAAAAAAGACACAAAAAAGAAACAAAAAGACACAAACAAGACACAAAAUGACCAAAAAAGACACAAAAAUAGACAAAAAAGACACAAAAAGACACAAAAUUACCACAAAAAUACACAAAAAACACACAAAAUUACCAAAAAAAUACACAAAAAAGACACAAAAUGACCAAAAAAAGACACAUAAUGACACUUAAAAUAAUAAAUUAACUCUUAAAACCAGAUAAAUGAUCUAACACUUCUAAAUCUAAAGUUUUUUUUUUAUCUUGGUAAGAACCAAAUAAUCAUCAGGUCACUCUGCUCGGGCCAGUUCAUCACUGCUGGCAGCUUUACUUUAUCUGGUUUAAGAGUUAAUUUCUUAUUUUAAGUGUUCAACAUGUUUAUUUCUAGAUUUAAUAAUCUGAAUUUAAUAAAUCUUGUCAAGGUAAAUUAUCUGUCCAUGCAGCAAGAUCAUUUCCCUCAGAUUUACUGUUUGAUCUGGUUUUUAAACAUGUUUUUAUCAGUGUGAAUGUAUGAAAAUGUUUUCCAGAGAAAGAGAGAGUGUGUUUAAAGAGUGUGUGCUGUAACUUUCAUGUGCUUUUAAAAGUGGAGCCAAGUCACAUUAAGUGUGUGUUUUAUGUAUUUGGUCCAUAUUUGAGUGGAUGUGGGUCAGACGGCUCUUUUUAUACUCUGUUCUCAUUAGACUGUUGGGUCACUGAGAACCUUCUAAAUAAAUCAUAAUGUCCCUCCA